GAUUAAUAAAUUGUUAUAUUUCAUUAUUUUAAUUUAAACAUUUAGUUUUAAAAAAGAUAAUAUGUCUAUCGAAAUGUUUACCGACAUAGAAAAGUGUCUGAUGUAUGGUGAUACAUAUUCAAAAUUAUAUAAUAAAAUAAUUGUUUCAGACGUUACAUCAAAUGAAAUAAAAAAUGUUCUGAAAGGCAACUAUGUUGAAGUUUUGGAAAAUGAUUUGUUUUUGAGACUAUAUAAUGAAUUAGAACACUUGGACAAGUUAAAUUUCAGUUCAAAUAUAAUAAAACAUUUAAGUGAUUUUUUACAUUUAAAUCCAUUAAAAAACAAUAUGAUUUUCACAUUUGGGGUUGCUUGUUAUCAGCUGUUUAUACAAGCAAAUUGGACUGGACCUUUAAUAUCAAAAUUAAAUUUGAAAAGUUGGGGUUCAAGUACUGCAGUAGUAGAAAGCUUAGUUAAUGAUUUAGAUUGUGUGUCUAGAAAAGUAUUGUAUCCUGAGCUUUUGGUAUUUUCUUAUGCAGUUUUUAGCAACGAUCAAAUCAAUAUUUUUACAAGAUCUUGGUGGCAAAUACGAAUGCUCUCAACUCUACAAUCUUUAUUAAACGAAUUAUCAAAUGAUAUAAAAAACAUGAUUGAACUAGUUUUUAAACAAAUGGAAAAUACUGUUUGGGAAACUGAUGAAGAAGAAGCUUUAUUUAAGAUAGAGCAAUGUAAAAUUUAUCUUACUCAUUAUGGAAAUAUCACUAAAGCCAAUCACUGUUUGAACACAGCAAUGAAUUUAUUGGGUUUAGAACAUUCACUUGUCGGUGCAAUGGGAAAAAGAACUAAAUUUCAAGUAAAAGAACUUGCUCAGUUAACCUUAAAUGUGAAUUCACAUACGAGAAAAAAUAAUACAAAUUUAUUGAAUUCACAUGAAUGUUGUGAUUUACCUAAAGAUUGUGUACUUGAUGAUGAAAAUCGUUUACCAGAUAUUAAGUUUUCUAAUGAAAGUGCUGGUCAAUUUCCUAAACUGAACAGUCUUCAACAAGCUGCCAUCUUAAAUACACUUAUAUUGGAACAAAAGUGUAAACCUAAAGAUGAUCUACAAUUUGAAGAACUACAGCCAUAUAUAAGAUGUUUGGUGUCACAACAAUCUGUGUGGAGUAUUCAUGUCUCAACUUUGCUUCAACGAUCUUUACUAGAAAGGGAUAACAGGAAAUCAGUGGAGCGAGCUAUGCAACAAAUUGAGAGCUUAGUCAGCAGCUUAGAAGUAUCAAGUCCAUGUAAUGUUGAUAGAUUAUAUCUGUUUCAUUGUUCUUUUGUUUCACCUUCUUGGCAACUUAAAGCAUAUUUGGGGAAUAUAAUGCUUUCAAUUGGCGCUAUCCAAAGUGCAUUAGAUUGGUUUUUAGCUCUUGAUUUGUGGGAAGAAUGUGUUGCUUGUUAUAAUACCCAAGGCCAUAGACAUAAAGCAGCACAAAUUCUUGAAAAUGAGUUAAAAUCACCAAACCUCACUGUAGCUAAACAUAUUUUAAUAUUAUGUUUGCUUGGAGAUGCUACUGAUGAUAAAUCUCUUUACGAGGAAGCAUGGAAAAUUUCAGACUAUCGAAGUAGUCGUGCACAAAAACAUUGGGCACUUUAUUAUUAUACAAGAAAAGAAUAUAAAGAGAGUAUAGAUCACUUCAAAAAUUCUCUUAAGAUAAAUUCUUUACAAGAAAACUUGUGGUUUAGACUUGGUUUCGCAUGUAUGGUUGAAGAAAGAUGGUCAGAAGCUGCAGAAGCAUAUAGAAGAUAUUGCGACAUUGAGAGUGAUUGUUUUGAAGCUUGGAACAAUUUAGCAAAAUGUUAUAUUAAAAAUGGUCAAAAAUCAAGAGCUUAUUAUGCACUAAAAGAAGCAGUGAAAUGUAAUUAUGAAAAUUGGAUGGUUUGGGACAAUUUAAUGGUAGUCAGUGUUGAUUGUGGUUGUUUUGAAGAGGCAAUCAAAUGUUAUCAUAGAUUAUUAGAUUUAAAAAGUAAACACAUAGAUUUGGAGGUCUUGCGGAUUUUAGUGCAAGCCGUACAGAAUAAUGUUAAAGACGAAAAUGAUAGGCCAGCAUCAGAACAUAGGAAAUGUUUAUUACAACUUUUUGGAAGACUUACAUCACAAGUUCAAAAUGAUGGUGAAAUUUGGACAUUGUAUGCACAUCUUGAAGAAGCUGUACCAAUACCAAAUAAGGAAACUGCUGAUAAAGUUUUACACCAUUUACAAUGUGCCCAUCGUUUCACCACACAAGGCAACAAGUGGACACAAGAAAAAAACUCUUGUUUGGUUGUCACUAAAUUAUCAUUAGAAUUAGCUGAAGCAUACAUUAGUUGUAGUAACCAAAAUAGUGACCAAAAAAAACGAUAUCUGUCAUCUGCAAAACUAAUGCUAGUGUCAGUGGUCUCACAAAUUGAAAAAGAAAAAGACCUGAUGGAAAGUGUAGACGUAAGAGAAGAAUUUGAAAAAGUAAAAAACAUUUUACACAAAAUCAAACUUCAACUUUCAGGAGAAGUGUAGAUAUCUUUUAUAAUUAUAAACAUUAACUUAAUUGUAUAAA